UCUGCUGGUGACUUUUAUUUUGGAGAGCCCUUAGCCGUAGCGGUUUUACUCAAUCGACUCCUGUUUCAGAUUCGCUGGUUGUUUUUUUUAGCAGUGCAGUUUGCCUCGGCGAAAAUCGGGCGGACGGAAGAGACAGAAGAGCUGAAACAGUAAGAUGGACUGUGAAGAGAAGACGUAUGGUGGCUGUGAAGGGCCGGAUGCCAUGUAUGUGAAGCUGAUCUCCUCUGAUGGUCAUGAGUUCAUCGUGAAGAGAGAACAUGCUCUGACUUCAGGAACCAUCAAAGCUAUGUUGAGUGGCCCAGGUCAGUUUGCCGAAAAUGAAACAAACGAAGUGAACUUCAGAGAGAUUCCUUCUCACGUCCUCUCCAAAGUCUGCAUGUAUUUCACCUACAAAGUACGAUACACCAACAGCUCCACAGAAAUCCCAGAAUUCCCCAUUGCUCCAGAGAUAGCCCUGGAACUCCUGAUGGCUGCAAACUUCUUGGAUUGUUAAACACCUGCAUGAAACCUAUUUAUAUUGCUGCCCUACGUCGCUCGAUUCUUGUUAAGAAAAGGAACAAAUAAUGUGAAAAUAGCAUCAUCAUGAUUUAUGUUUUUUUUUUUUUUUUAUCUUAGUGUUCACUACAAGAAUAGACUGCCCCCCCCCCCCCCGAAUCCUUUCUGUAAUUAAUACUGCAUAAUGACGAAUAUAUAGAAACCAUCUCAUCUUCUCAUGUACACCAACUAUAAUAACCUUAUAUGAACGUUUUCCCCACAUAAAGCCUUCCUCACCAGUGUGCUGGAUGUUGUGAUUUUUGCUUGUUUUUUUAUUCGUUAAUAAUCCUGCUGGCUGUUAUUCCCGAGUGCUCUGCUCUAAAAUGCCAUGACAGUGUUGGUUUUUAAAAACUAGGGUUAUGAUCAAAGUUUAUUCUCGAAACUGUGGAGCCGAGAGAAGUUACUGGUGUAAAUAAGUAAAGUCUGGUAGGAAGAGUUCAGCCGUGUAACCGUUUUUCUUCUUAACUUUUUCAUUUUUUUUCAGAAAGUAUUAAACCAUUAAAGCUC